AGUCUCGAAUUUGAAUUCGAGUCCAAGUCUGAGUCUGAGUUUGAUUGAAAUCAAAAAACAGUUUAGCAGAUUCACACCUCAGUUAACGCCAAUAAACGAACUAAGCACAAUCUGUAAAGAUGCGUCUGCCUUAUCGAAAUAAGAAGGUCACCCUUUGGGUUCUAUUCGCCAUAAUUGUUGUCACCAUGUUCCUAUUCAAAUUUACGGAAUUGCGACCCAACUGUCUCUUCAAAUUGGAUGCCACAAACGAUUUGGCAUCGCAAAUGGUUCGCGUGGAGAAAUACGUCACAGAUGACAAUCAACGCGUCUAUUCAUACAACCGUGAGAUGCCAUUAAUAUUCAUAGGCGGUGUACCCAGAUCUGGUACGACAUUAAUGCGCGCCAUGCUGGAUGCUCAUCCCGAUGUGCGCUGUGGGCAGGAGACGCGCGUCAUUCCGCGCAUUUUGCAGCUGCGCUCGCAUUGGCUAAAGUCCGAGAAGGAAUCGCUGCGCCUGCAGGAGGCGGGCAUCACCAAAGAGGUCAUGAAUAGCGCCAUCGCACAGUUCUGCUUGGAAAUCAUUGCGAAACAUGGUGAACCGGCGCCGCGUUUAUGUAACAAGGAUCCGCUCACACUCAAAAUGGGCUCCUAUGUAAUCGAGCUAUUUCCAAAUGCAAAAUUCCUAUUCAUGGUGCGCGACGGACGGGCGACGGUUCAUUCGAUUAUAUCCCGCAAGGUGACAAUAACCGGCUUCGAUUUGGCGAGCUACCGUCAAUGCAUGCAGAAGUGGAACCACGCCAUCGAGCUGAUGCACGAACAGUGUCGGGACAUUGGCAAGGAGCGAUGCAUGAUGGUUUACUACGAGCAGCUGGUGCUGCAUCCAGAGGAAUGGAUGCGAAAAAUCUUGAAAUUCUUGGAUGUGCCAUGGAACGAUGCGGUGCUGCAUCAUGAGGAAUUUAUUAAUAAGCCCAACGGAGUGCCGCUAUCCAAGGUGGAGAGGUCGUCAGAUCAGGUCAUCAAGCCGGUCAAUCUUGAGGCGCUGUCCAAGUGGGUGGACCAAAUACCCGGCGAUGUGGUGCAUGACAUGGCCAACAUAGCGCCCAUGCUAUCCGUGCUGGGCUACGAUCCGUAUGCGAACCCACCGGACUACGGUAAGCCAGAUGCAUGGGUGCAGGACAAUACAUCUAAGCUAAAAGCCAACCGCAUGCUGUGGGAAAGUAAAGCGAAGCAAGUGUUGCAGAUGGAUACUAAUCCAGAUGAGGAUAACACUAACAACAACAACAACAACAAUAUUGAGGAUAAUGCCAUUGACAACAACAACAACAAUAUCAAUAAAAUAAUGCCACAACAGCAACAACAUGAAGAACAACAAGAGGAACAGGAGCAGCAGGAUUUGGAGCAGGUACGGGAACAGGAACAGGAGCAGGAGCGCAAAAAGUCACAGCUGUUGCAACCAAAACAAAAGCCAAAAGAUGUCAUAACGAUAAAGCAGCUGACGUCUAACUCCAACAGCAACAACAACCACAACAACAACAUUGACAACAACAGCAAAAAGAAGAGCAACAACAAUGGCAAGCAAUAUGUCGGUGCAGUCGAGGACACAUGAUAUCCGCAUAUACCCAUCAGAUUGCCACGCAGCAAACAUUGAGAUGACACACGACAGCAAAAGCAGCAACAACAACAACUACAAAUUUGAAAUGCUAUAUUUUCAACUGUGCUUUCGGCUCAAUUGUCAGUCAUUGUGUUGUAAACCAAACUAAAUGUACCAAAACUUGAAGACAGGAUAUACAAAUACAUAUAGAUUCUAUAUACAUAAAUAUGUAUGUAUACUAUGUAUGAUGUAUAUGAUAAGUUACAGAUGUUUAGCAUAUACCACCAAAAUAAUUCUUUAACUAAAAACGAAAUCUAAAUUGAAUAA